AUGUCUCCUCUGUUCCAAUUUCCAUUCCUGACCCUGGUUUUGAUGGCCACGCUGCAGGAAUCAGUCUUCGGGAAGGCAAUAGCCGCAAAGCAACCCAAAGACAACCUCCUCCUGAAGAAAGAAAAAGGCUGCCCCUCUUCAGGCAGUGACGCCUUCCCGCACAGCGUGACAGUCAACCUGAGCAUAACCAACCAAAACGGCACCUCCAAAAAGUUUCCGGCCAUCAACAAGCGCUCCACCUCUCCCUGGGAGUACCAUCUGAACGAGGACCCCAACAGAUUCCCGGCCAAGAUCUGGGAAGCCAAGUGCAGCACCACGGGUUGUCUCGAUGCCCAGAAGAAGGAGGACCCGCUCUUGAACUCCUUGCCCAUCUAUCAGGAGACCCUGGUCCUGAAGAGAGAUUCCCAGAGCUGCCCCACCUCCUUCCGGAUGGAGAAGAUAAUUGUGUCGGUGGGCUGCACCUGUGUCACCCCCAACAUCCACAGGCUGGGCUGAGAGCUGCCUCGGUCUCGCCUCGGCCAUCCCAACUGGGAAUUCCAUCUGCCCCACCGCCUCGAAACCAUCAAAACCGCCGCCUUUGUCCAGCCGGGCCUAGGCUCCCCAUCUUUCCGAGACGCCGCCAGAAAGUCUUAAAUUCUAUGUCAGGUUUACAACCCAAUGGGACUUGGGAUCGGAAAUCUCUUUCCGUUUCAAAGCCCAGGAGUUACA